AUGCACGUCGACCGCGCGGACGGCCCCCCUUCAUUCAUCGACACGCGCCCAACAGCAUUCAUUUUUCUGUCGCACUUUGACCCCGCGGAUAUCCCGGCGACCCCACCCCUAUCAUGUUCCCCAUCCCCCGAGUACAUGCCAUCAUCACCCGUCUACGUUCCAUCAUCACCGAUCCUCUCAUCGUCCUCAUCGCCUCCGUUAUCCGCGUGCGCGUGCAUGCAUGAGGCCGACUGCCAUGCGAUGCCAAUGCACCCGCCCGGCUCCCAUGCGCGCCGCUCAUCUCCAGACUCGUACAAUGGCGACGACAACUUAUCGGGUUUGAUAAGUGUCUCGCACGGUAAUGACAGUAGCGACAGUGAAUCGGACAUGGACCUCGAGGAUGACACGGACGACAACGAUAACCAUUUACAGUCGGAAUACGAGCGCGAGGAUUUGAUGCACGAGCGUGUCGAGGAAAUUCUCGUUGAGGUCAUGCGCGACAUCACCGAAGAAGUCGUUGAAUAUAACACCACAUUUUAG